AUGGUGGGCCAGACGGAGGCCCGUAAGGCGGCGGGCAUCGUGGCCAAGAUGAUCGAGGAAGGCAACAUCGCCGGCCGCGCCAUCCUGUUGGCCGGCAAGCCCGGCACGGGCAAGACGGCCAUUGCCAUGGGUAUUGCUCAGGCCCUGGGAGAGGACACGCCGUUCACGACGAUCGCUGGUAGCGAGGUGUUCUCGCUCGAGAUGAGCAAGACGGAGGCGCUGACGCAGGCUUUCCGCCGCUCCAUUGGCGUGAGGAUCAUGGAGGAGACGGAGAUUAUUGAAGGAGAAGUGGUGGAGAUCCAGGUGGACACCCCGACGGGCGGUGUGGGCGACAAGGUAGGCCGCCUCACGCUGCGAACGACCGAGAUGGAGACGGUGUACGACCUUGGAGCCAAGAUGAUCGACUCGCUGACCAAGGAGAAGGUCGAGGCUGGCGACGUGAUCACGAUCAACAAGGAGUCGGGCAAGAUCUCCAAGCUCGGGCGCUCGUUCACGCGCUCCCGGGACUACGACGCCAUGGGCGCGCAGACGCGCUUCGUGCAGUGCCCCGAGGGCGAGCUGCAGAAGCGCAAGGAGGUGGUGCACGUGGUGUCGCUUCACGAGAUUGACGUGAUCAACUCGCGCUCGCAGGGCUUCCUCGCGCUGUUUGCUGGUGACACUGGUGAGAUCAAGGACGAAGUGCGUGAGCAGAUUGACACCAAGGUGGCUGAGUGGCGUGAGGAGGGCAAGGCCACGAUCGUGCCCGGCGUUCUGUUCAUCGACGAGGUGCACAUGCUGGACAUUGAGUGCUUCUCGUGGCUUAACCGUGCUCUUGAGAGCGACAUGGCGCCCGUGCUCAUCAUCGCCACGAACCGCGGCAUCACGCGCAUUCGUGGAACCAACUACAAGAGCCCGCACGGCAUCCCCAUCGACCUGCUCGACCGACUAAUGAUUAUCCCCACGAAGCCCUACAGCGAGUCCGAGAUGCGCAAGAUUCUCACGAUUCGGUGUGAAGAGGAGGAUGUGGAAAUGACGGAUGAGGCCAAGGACCUGCUCACACGCAUCGCCGUGGAGACGUCGCUGCGAUAUGCCAUCCAAAUGAUCAUCACGGCGUCGCUCGUGUGCUCGAAGCGCAAGGGCACGGAGGUGGACGUGCCCGACAUCAAGCGCGUCUACUCGCUGUUCGCCGACGUCAAGCGCUCCACGCAGUUCCUGAUGGAGUACCAGCACGAGUUCAUGUUCCACGAGGUGGAUGACGAAGAGGAAGAGGACGAGGACCAGAACAUGGAGCAGUAG